AGUUCGCCGGUUAUUACAGUUUGAAAAUGUUCUCCUCGAUCUUCUCGAAACUAAAGAGUGCGGUGUCCUUCAAGGACCCAGAAGAAGCUGCCGGAGGGGAACGCGUCGGAAGUACUCCUGUCGUGCCUGCUCAAUUAGUCGAGUCUCCCAUGGGAGACAAACACACUGAAAAAGAGGCGGAGGCGACUCCGGAGAAGGAGAUCAGCGACAAAAAGGGCAGGAGGCAUUCCACUACUCCUGUUGCCGCUCCAAAGGGUGACAGCGAGCCGGUGGAAACUCCGAAUAAAUCCCCCGCUGCCAAGCUCGCUGAGAUGGCGACUGGUGGCGGCGAUGAGGGAGCUGAAGUGAAGAAGGGGAAGAAACGGAGAGGGAAGAAAAAGAAGACCGACACUUCUGAGCGAUCAAUUGAGGAGCAGGCAGCUGGUGCGGCUAAGGCGGUGCCGAAGAAGGAUGGUGGGAGUGGAAAAGAGAAGACUGACGCAGAAUUAGAGAAGGAGAAUGCAAAGCUGAUGGCGGAAAUUACUAAAGUUACCCGAAAAUACCGCACUCAGCAGGAGGAGAUAGCCAAGGCCAAUCGAGAAAGGAAGGCGGCUCUCUCUGUAGCCGCUCAGCUGUACCAGAUUGGCAUGGCCAUUGAACCAGAGCCUCCUCGAGCCCGCACUGACUCUUUCGCUCUACCUAAGCUGCCAGCAAUGGGUGAACAAACCAGAAGGGGAGCUGAGACGGCUAGGGUCAGCGGGUAUAGCCGUCGGGAGAGCCAACAGCAAGGACAGUCCCACUUCUUGAUGGAAGGGUCUGAUGCUAAGCGUUCCUCUACUGCUGAUAGACCGACGACUGACCUCAAUCAUUUAAUCAAAGAAGCAAAGGCUCGCCAAGCACUCCUCAGAGCGCAGUCACAGACGAAAUUAGCGGGCGAUAGUAGCGGAAAGUCUAACCCGGAGGAUGUGCGUAGUCGCCUUCGUACGGGCAAUACAAAGCAAGAUCUAGAGGCUGCUAUUAAGGAGGCCAAGGAUCUGGGUAUGACGUAUGAGGUGACUCUGGCUGAGAAGAAACUGGAGGGAAUAGAAGGAUGAUUUUCGAGGUGUUUUAUUAACCUGCUUAUGCAGCUCAGACUUACGAUA